AUGAUCAGGAAGCGAGCACAUAUGUGUCAACAGAAAUUUCCCACAGAUACAUCAGUAGCUGCCUCCACUGCCACUCCAUGCCAUUCGUGUAUUCCUCAUCCGACAAACAUCUACUGGAUAUCGCCGUCGAGACCUCCAUGUUUACACCCAGGUCAGCCGAUAUUCGACUGGCCCGUGAGUAAGGACUGUCUCCGCUCACCUGACAUCCAUUCCGAUCAGAUUUCUGUCGAUGAGACGGGUUUGGUGUUUGCAAAACAACGUCUGUGUUUUUACUAUGCUUUCGAAUUCAUCGACUAUUCGUACGAAUGUGAUGGUAAACGGCUGAGGGCCAAAUUCCGAAUCGGUCAUCCGAUUUUCUCAAAGCAACGACGAUUCAAACGCUGGUUGAGGCGACGAAAUCCCGAUCCGAACACUAUUCAUUUCCAGCAAGAGAGUUAUGUGAAGGAAUUAGCCGAAUCGGCAGCUCCUGGUACCCUUGUGGUCACGAUUUCUGGUGAAAAUCGGCUGGCCAAGUCACUUGAUCGUGAAAUCCUCGACAAACACGUGCUAAAAGUGACAGCGUACGAACGACUUGAUCCUACCGUAUCAUCUAGUGUUACCGUAACCGUGGAUGUGCUGGACGUCCAGGACAAUAGUCCUAUUUUUGAAGUGUCCUAUUGCUGA